UUCCAAUGUUCUUCAGUCAAGUGGGUGCGGAUGCCAAGGACAUGGACCCAAGUAAUAAUUAUGAACUCACUGAAGACAGUUUUCAGCUGGGGAAAUGGAAGACAGGAUUUCGUGGUCCACGAGCCGAGCCUAUCCAAGGAAAAUUCUUCCCGUGGAUCAUCUGCGCUCUCCUGAUUGUAUCCCUUCUGAUGUCCGUGGUGACUCUUGGCAUUGUUGUUAAGCUGAAGCAUUCUAAAAUGACAAACGGCUCACUUGCGAAACUGCAGAGUGAUGUUACUCGACUGAUGGAGCAGAACUCUGAGAUGAUAAGCAGCUCACUUGCCAAACUGCAGAGUGAUAUUUCUCGACUGAUGCAGAGUGUGAAGCCUAUCCGGUCAUUAAACACAUGGCGAUUCUUCAAUCAAAGGGAGUAUUAUUUUACGUCAACUCGAAAUCGUUGGAAAGAAGCGCAGCAAUUCUGUGUGUCAAUGGACUCCAACCUCGUGGUCAUUAACAGUCGAGAGGAACAGGAAUAUAUCCGGAUGAAUGUGAAUCUUGACUAUUGGAUUGGACUCCAUGACAUUGUCGAAGAAGGGAAUUGGCGAUGGGUAGAUGGUACUGAUUAUGCAUCCAAUGUCAAAUUCUGGGAAAGGGGUCAACCUAAUGUUCAUGAAGAAUUCGAAGAAGAUUGUGUCGUGGUCAGUGGAAACGGAUUGUGGCACGAUUGGCCAUGCGAUUCUAUGCAUUUCGCUAUCUGUGAAAAAACAGCAGCCUAACAUUCUUUCAAGCUACUUUAUACUCCGGGUAAUGCGGGCGGUAACUGCGUUUAUAAACUUUUUUUCCAGUACAGCAGAUGAGCAGCUCUGAGCUGAGAUUGGCGUGGUGAGUGCGUUUCCCGAUCUAUUUUACCCGUGUACUCCCCACUGGAACAGAACUAAAUCUUCAAGUGAUUUCACGGCGCAGAUGACGGAUCAACUCUUCUCUGGCUUCCAGCUGCGUACAAGGAGUGAUUUUAAAUGACCUUUUAGUUGACAAACUCUGCCAAUUCAUCAGGAAUGAUGCCUAUGCUUAUCUAGUCUAGUGGAAUAUAUACCUCCAUUGAUCGUCCCUCCUGAUUGGCUAGUGCUCAUCCAAUCCGGUUUUGUCUAUCCCACCUUGCUAACAAGCGAAUUACAGUUCUUACUUAGAACGAGACCUUCGUCUUUGUUAAAAUUCUUUACCUCCAGAUUUAUUUCAAAAGACUUCCUUCUCCAGGCGGUCCCAAAGCCAUUGGCGCAGUACAGUAGCUUUGUACCGUCGAAGUCAAUCCUAUGGCCAUUUCGAAUGCAAGUUCUGCUACCGCCGGGAAAUCCUGUCUCCUACUCCGUUUUUUUUUUGCUAAACCGAAUUCUCAACCCCUCUGCGCCCACUUUCAGCUGUCCAGCUGAAUCCUGGAAGAUUUACCAGAACUUGCUGAAGUUUAAUGUCUGGAUCAGUAACCGCUGAAUUAUUUUCCAGUCGUUGACGUUUUCUUUAAUUGUAACUUUCCAAUACCCGCCAAUAAGCUGGGAUUUAUUCGAUCCAAACCUGAUCCUAGAAAGCUAGGCUGCCAGCUCUAAAUUCUAUGAGGCAGGUGGAUGGGACUGAUCCGAGUGCUACCAAUGCUAAAAGCCAAUACCAGCCCCACGAAAGCCACAACUUUUUUUUUAUUAUUGGUCGACAAAGCCAUCUUCUUCUUUCCACGUCAAGCAUUCCGUUUCUGAACAUCAUAUUGUUUUCAGGUUCUAGCCUGCAAGAUUAUGCUCAAGGUCUGCCGCUUUCUAAUCAUUAAUAUCCAGUCAAAUGUGUUGAUUACUUCUAUCUCACUACUAACAACUUAAUACUGAAUAAAGAAUAUAUGAAUUUA